AUGUCAGGACACCGGGACUUCCAGGAGAGGCUGUUGAUAGAAACCUCAGGACACACAGCGACCAAGGACGGUGCCACAGGACUGGUCAUGCAAGCGGUGGACAGCUUGAAGGACACGCUGGGAUGUCCGGCAGCCACCCCGAAAGAUAUGAGGAUGCGACCAAUCAACACUCCCUCCUUCUCCUCCUCAUCCUCCUCCAGUCUGCCUCUUUCUCCCCCACUGCCCCCGAACAGACUCUUAUCCGUGCUCACUGAUAUCAGGUUGACCCUGGACGUUUACCGGGCUGGAGCCGCCGCGCUGCCUGUCCUGUGGAGCUUCGUCCCGGAGCAGCUUAUGGAGCUGCAGUACCUGAGGCUCGGUUCAGAGGAUGAUCAAGGCCUGGAAGAAGCACUGCCCAUCGUACCCCAUCUCACACGGCUGCGCUCGCUGGCUAUCCGAGGCCACUGUCUCCAUGACUCCGAGGGGGGUUCCUCUGCCAGCCUCCUCACCGCGCUGCCUGCCUCCUUCUCCUCUCUCUCUCUCCUGGAGCACCUGGACGUCUCCUUCAACCGGCUGUCCGUCCUGCCACCCUGCCUGCUCAGCCUCCCCCUGCUCUCCUCUCUGCUGCUCGGCCACAACUGUCUUUCCUCCCUCCCCCCCGACAUGGGGGGCUGGCCUCCCUCCGCCUACCUCUCCCUCCUGGGCAACCGGCUGCUGGCUCUGCCCCCGAGCCUGGGCCAGCUGCAAGCGCUGCAGACGCUGGACGUCUCGCACAACCUGAUCACUGCCCUGCCCGAUGAGAUCGGCGCCCUGGGGGCGCUGGUCACCCUGGAGCUCUCCCACAACCAGCUGAGGCAGCUGCCAGAGACCAUGGGCUCCCUGCGCUCCCUCACCCAGCUGGUCGUCCAUAGCAACGAGCUGCGCCUCCUCCCGGCCUGUCUGCACCAGCUCCCCCUGUUGAGGACGGACUCCCCGCAACAACCCUCUGGGACGACCUCCGACCCUCCACCGCUCCCCCCCUGGCCCCAGGUGAGGCAGAGAGGAGCCCCUGGCAAGCCGCUGGAUUCAGAGCGUUCUAAGGUUAAUGUGACUCACCACCAUCUUUUACUUCCAGUCCAAGAAGAAAAGAACAUUCCGGAAUUGCACCUGGGGUCCAGUCAACACAGCUUCAGUGUUUCGCCUGCUGGUUGUCACGUGUUCCUGCCGGGGGGGGCGGAGCUUCUCUUCCCCCCCGGUUGCUUGGCAACCACCUCAAGACUAGAAUGGUUCCAACAGAAGGCCAACAGGAAGUGGGUGUGGCUAGAAGAGCACGAUAUCCUCCUCAGCCACCCGCUGGAGCUCAGACCCCAUGGAAUGAAGUUCCUCAAGCCCGUCGAGGUGUGUGUGCCGUUCCACCGCAGGAGGAGACGGGAGGUGGCGGUGCGGACAUACGGCGAGGGGCGCUGGAGCACGCUGGCCACCGAAGUCAGGAGAGGAAGCCCCAGUAACAGCUGUCACCCCGGGGGAGCUCCAGUUAGGCUGGCCUGCUCCUCGGUGGGACACUUCUCCUGGUUCCUGGCCGUGGCUCGGCCGCCGCUGGACAGCUGCUCCGUCACGCCACAGGGGGCGCUGUUAGUGUCCAGGGCAGACCCCGGGAUCAAGCUGCACUUCCCGCCGAAUUCCACUCUGCAGAUCCGGACCGUCACGCUCCAGGUGUUGCAGGUGUCGCUGACUGAGAUCCAGGGACUCUGUGGUGACCCCCAGGCCAGGGUCAGUCCUCUGCUCUGCCUUUCCCAGACCCCCAGUAGGAAUUUCCUGCAGCCGGUCAAAGUCCAGAUCCCUCUGCCGUCUGGAGUCACAGGCCUCACGGUGGACAUGUCCUGCCUCCACCUCCUCCACAGAGACCCGGACACCCAGAGCUGGACGGACGUCACGGCCAACGUGUCCCUCAGCAUCACUCACCUGUACGCCAUCUUCAACAUCACACACUUCUCCUGGUACUGGCUGUGGUACACCACCCUGCGCUGUGUGAGCGGUGUGGUGCGCAGAGUGUACCAGCGGCUCAAGCAGUUCAGAGUGCAGUUCCUGGUGCUCCAAAGAACCACGGAUCCCACCCAGGUUCUGCUCCAGUGUCUCCCCACCAACAAGGUGGACGGCCGAGUGCAGUCUCUGUCGGGUCUUUACGACGGCCCGCAGCCCUCUGACCUGUGCGACAUGCUGGAAGGAGAGCAGUUCUUCGCAGGCUUCGAGCGGGGCCUGGACGUCAGCGCAGACAGACCCGACUGUGUGGCCGGGAGGCUGUCCUUCGUGUUCUACUCCAGUCUGAAGAACCUGAAGGAGGUGUUUGUGAGUCCAGUCCAGGGCCACGAGCGGCCGGUCAGGGGACAAGUGUCCUUCUACAGAGGAGAGGUUCCCGAGGACCUCCCGGAGGAGCUGGUUCAGAGGAGGAAAGGUCACGACAGUCAGUGGCUGGCGACCCUGCCUCUGAAGCUCCCUGCUCUGAGCUGGAAGGAGCAGGCCAACGGCGCCGAGGAGCGCCAGCACCCCCCUCUCGACCUGGGCGACCCGGAGAGCGGCUACCUGACGGAGGCCAACCUGCUGGCCAUCUCCCUGCAGAUCGGGCAGGACUGGCGCUCCAUCGGCAUCAACCUGGACCUGAGCUUCCAGGAGCUGGAGCGCCUCGCCUUCAAGCACAGGGACGAUCUGGGGGCCCUGGUGCUGGAGAUGCUGUUCCUGGGGGCGCGGGGCCGGGGGGAGGGUCCUGUGGGUCGUGGGGCGGUGCCCCGGCUGGUGGAGGCCAUGGUGAAGAGUGAAAGGCAGGACCUGGCCGACGAGAUCCAAGACAUUGUGAGCCUGGGGAAGACCAAGUACAGCGCGUCCCUUAGGCGCGUGGGCCUGGAGGAAGAGGUCUCCCCUCCCCCUCCGCCACAAUAAGAGCCCCACAGAGAGUUUGACGAGGGUCACGUCAGGGCGGUCACAGAUCGCUGACCUUUCCCCGGACCGACCACGUGUCCCUGUCCAUCUCGCCGCUGUCGUCCAAAUGCAAACAUCUCCUUCUAUCGCACAACAUUGACCCGGGCUGCGAGCGGCUGCCGGUGCCGAUAAUGUGCAGCAAGCUACCAGCUGAGGUCACCACUCAAAUGUCUCGCUACGGCCCAGAGGACACGCUCUGGCCUUGUGGUCUCAUUCUUUUAUUUAUUUAUGUUCAUAUUUAUGCCGGCCCGCCCUACAAACAUGUUUGUCCAGCAUCCUUCUUUCCAUGUUACUGAAUGGAAGGAAAGAAAACCGUGUAAACUGAGUUUGUCUUGUAGUAUGGAUGGAAGUGGUGUAAGUGAGUAUCUAAUCGAACGUUUGUAAUUUAUUGAAUAACUACAACUGUGCCUUGGUUCUAAUAUAAACCAUUUUAGCAGUGAAAUCCUCUUGGAUAUGCUUACUCUGAAUGUUUUUAAUGAAAUGUAAAUAUUUUGUAAUUCCGUAUGUUUCAUGAGCAGCCUACAUUCAUUGAUGAAUACAAUAUUUUUCUAUUUAUAAUUCUA